AUGGGUAAUGAUAAUUGCUACACAGCUGAUCUUUUGUACAGAAUGUAUUGUGAUGACUCAAAUCAACUUUACAUGCUUUAUCUUAAACAAACUUUAAAAGACGUACAAAUAGCACUAAAAGCAUUUGAAGGGGAAGACAAUGAUCCCACAAAACUAUUAGAUACUCUCGUCUUUCUCAUGCAGUCACUCGGAAAAAACAUAGUUUUUCCUACAUUUGAUUUGUUGACAACACCAAUUCCAAACGAAUGUAUGUACGCUAAUCCGCACCUUGGCUAUACGUUUGAACAGAAAAUGUUGAAGACAAGUUGA